GCUUUCAUAUUUGACAGUUACAUAUUAAUUAAAUAUUUUGUUUCUGUAAAUAUUUCUUGAAACGGAUUUCCAAACUGCACCAUAAAAUUCACGCAGUUAAAAAUGUACUCAGAACUGUUUCGAGUUUUUCCACUUGCUAAAAGCUGGUCUAAAAGGUGUCUCAAAAUCUUGUUCAUGCUGAGUUCUUCCAUUAGAAGCCCCAAAGGCUUCGUUUGUUGCUUUUGCAUUAGAAUAUGCAAUGAAUUGGUCACCGCUGUCAAUUGGUGCGCAAACAAUAGAAUUGUCCUUCAAUGGUUUCGUGGAACAGGUGCACCGGUUGAGUGUUGUCUGAAUAUUUUAAAAAUACACAACGCGCUUGUAUUCCUGGGUUUUGCCCAAGCAAUUGCUAGGGUAAUACACCGAACUACGAGUUGGCUGUUCGACGGAAUUGUGAAGGGUUUGUUGCGUGUUCGACACAGGAAAAAAAAUUAUCGAUUUGAAGAAUCGAGCCCAACGGAAAUAACAGAUUGAGCGGUGAAGGAAGAAUAGAGCCUAAUUUCUCUGCUCAAAGCGUGUGUUUUGAGAAGUUCUUUUAAUAACCUUCUACAUUACAAGUCUUCAAGAAUUUUAAACAAAGCUCAAGUGUGGUGACAGCGUGAAAGAUGGAGUUUUUGCAGAAGUUGAAGAUAUCAGGUGGAGUGAACUUGAGCAACCUACGCCCUUCUCGUUCGGAUAGCCAAGAGCGGACGACAAAUUUUACUUCACCUUCAAGUCCGAAGCAUGAUUCGAAGGAAGAAGUUUCGUCUUUGCCGCCGAGAGGCUCGCCCGCCGCGAAAAAGAUGAAAAUUCUUCUGGUCAUCGAUUCACCUGACACUGAUUGGGCUAAGAUAUUUAAAGGACGACAACUUCAUGGAGGAGUUUAUGACGUGCGAGUUGAACAGGCGCAAUUCGCAGACUUGAAUCUGGCUUCUUACUCUGACAGUGGCACAAUGGUGGAUAUCCAGGUGUACCGCGAGGGCACUGUAGUCGUCAGGUCUUUUCGCCCCGACUUCGUUCUCGUUCGACAAAGUGUGCGAGGUGUUGGACCCAAAGAAGACUAUCGCAACAUUCUCCUUGGAUUACAGUUUGGCAACGUUCCCAGUGUGAACUCGCUCACAUCGAUUUACAACUUCGCGGAGAAACCAUGGGUGUUCGCCCAACUUAUUCAGCUUCAGAAGAGACUGGGAAAGGAUGAAUUCCCAUUGGUCGAGCAAGCGUACUAUCCAAACUACAAGGAAAUGUUAAUAACUCCAAAAUUUCCUGUUGUGGUAAAGGUUGGGCAUGCGAACGGCGGUUAUGGCAAGGUUUGUGUCCACAACCACCGCAGUUUCCAGGAUAUCGCGAGCAUUGUUGCUCUGACGGAUACAUAUGCCACAACUGAACCUUUUAUUGCAGGCAAAUGCGAUGUUAGAAUUCAGAAAAUUGGCACCCACUACCGAGCUUUCAAACGAACAUCCAUUUCGGACAAUUGGAAGACCAACACAGGGUCCGCUGUCCUUGAGGAAAUAGCUAUCACAGACAGGUACAAGAAGUGGGUUGACGAAUGCAGCAAGCUGUUUGGAGGUGGCCUUGACAUUAUGUGUGUGGAGGCUAUUGGAGGGAAAGACAACAAGGAAUACAUCAUCGAGGUGAAUGACACCGCCAUGCGACUCUUCAGUGACACACAAGAUGAAGACCAGAGAAGGAUCGCUGACCUGGUGGUCGCGCGAAUGGAGAAGGAGUAUCCACCGACUCUAGAACCCAGUACCGCCACGGGCGCCGCCCUCACAGGUGCUUUUAAGGUUAUCGGGGGUCCCGGUGCGCCGACAGUUUCUGAAGGGGCAACGAAGACAGAAAAAAAGAAAAAUGGACUAUUUAGUGGUUUUAUCGAUUAGAACUAUUUAUUGUUUCAAUUAGGUCGCAGCUAUAUGUGUUAAGAGUUAUACUCAACUCGAUUGACGUAUACCAGCACACCAUGUUUAGGCGUUUCUAGUCGAAAUGUUGGACUGUUUUACGAGUUCUUAGGGAUGGCGUUGUUAUAUAGUCUGAAGUUUUAACGCCAAAGUGCCGCUGGCUUAUGUGGGAUGAAUUUCUUACGACGCAGCGGAGUGUGUUCGGCCAAUCAGAUUUAACUGGCAAUUAAUGCUAACCAAUCAAAUAAUAGAAUGCAUCUUUAGUGAGUGGGUUUGUCUGCUUCAGCUUGAAAACGGAAAUGACUAAAACAUUCUGAUCAGGAAGUAUGGCUAUCUUGGCAAUUUACCAAACAAUCUAACACUUACUGACAUAUCACACUACUGAUUUAGACAGUUAGCAAGGAAAACAGUACAAUUGCCUAAGGUUGUAAAACAACAAAUCCAGCUAGAAUUUUUUGAUUUCACCGUCAAAAGUUUAAUUGGCGUAUUUCUUUUGUACAUUUCACGUAUAAUAGAGCUCGUAAUUUCAAACCAGCGGAGCGCUCGAGCUCGGCCAAUUUGAAAUCACUCGUGAACUUACAUCCCGAAUUUUCUCCACUCAGUCCUAUUCUCAAAACAGAAAUUUCUUUUGAGUGUGGACAGUAACCCAGGAUUAUUUUGGUUUUCUUUACUUCGCUUUGCAGUUGGUCCAGUCUACUCGCGCCACUUUUCUAACCAAUCAGCCAACGCAGCUUAGUCAUCCGGGUUUUCCCGCGCUUAGGUCAUCUGCGUUUUCCUGCGCUUUAGACGGUUUCCAUGUCUUAACCAUGACUUCAGAUUGGCUCCUUGUGGUAGCUUCCUUCGUUCUGAUUGGCUGUUGUGAUCAUUUUGGUGUUUGUUUUACGACACUCAAUUGAAAUGUUCUCCCCUUUUUAGAACACACUCUGUUCAAUCUAAGCGCGAAAAAAUAUUUGCUAACAUUCCUUAGAACCUUCUAGCUUGCCGUUUGAGGGAAAGUGCAAAUUCCUUUUCGCUUAUUUCUAGAACGUUAAUUUAUAGUGAUGAUAUCUUGUUGAGAACUCUAUUGUAAAAAAAAUGUAUCGAAAGUUGCUAGGAAAUGAAUCAAAAUUUGAAUUCGUGUGUGAUUUUUAUAAAUUUAUUUAACCUUUAGGGUUUUUAAUCUUGUUAUUUAUAUAAGUCAAUAACUUAUAAUGCUAGGACUCGUCAGUUCGUAGGUUUGAAGGGAGUUUGAAGUGAAUAUAUUAAUUUCAAACUACUGAACAAGUCAAUAAAUUGCGUAUUGCCGUG